GGGACGGGGAGGAAGUUAUGGAGCCUUGUGAGGGUGGUGCGGAGAUUCCGAGUCUGGAGGGGGUGUUGGAGCUGGAGCUUUCGAGUCGGGGGCGUGGGCGUGGGGUUGGGUUUCUUCCGCCUGCUGUUGAGGAUGAUGAGAGACAGGGGACGAAAUUGGGAAGGAGAGGGAGAUUUGAUCAGUCGCCGGAUUCUGUUUCUUCGUCUUUCCUUGAGGAGCUCGAGGAUAGUCUUGUCGCUGGAGAGAAUUUGGGGAGGAUUGAUUCUCAGGGUCAGGAGGCUCGGACAAGCUUAGAUCGUGGAGAGGCGAGGCCAGAGCUGUAAUAGGGAGAGUGCGAGCAGCAGUGUGAGGGGGCCUCGCACGGAUGGCUAGAUGAUGGCACAACUUGCUUCUUAUAGCCGUUUCGCGUCUCUCACACCUGGAUCACAUUCGCAGUCAGCAAUUGCUCGUGGCUUUAUGGAAGCAAGAUGAGCAGGUUAACAGCAUGGGCUCCACAUCAGCCGAGUUUGCGACAUGGACCCCAACUUUUUUUCGCCUCUCUUCUACCCGGAUCUGAUCUACUAUCAUCAGCAGCAGCUCGAGACUUCAUGGGAGCAAGAAGAGGUGAUCCAGGGGCGUUGGUUCACUAUCGCGGGCGUGGUGUUACCUCGGCUGAGCCUUGCUGUGC